AUUAGCAUUGACAACCAAAGCGCAACUUUUCCCCAAGCAAAGUGAAAUCAAGCCGCGCACUCGGACAAAAUAUAGUUCCAUAUUUUCAACUCAAAGUCUUAAAAAUAAAGCCGUACGAUUCGGAUAGGUCGGAUAGGCUUUUGCCGUGCGGAUUUCGGAGUGGAUCUAUGUGACUGCUGAAAUCUUUAGACCGCCUUUUGAGCACUUUUGUUAAUACUGGCGUAAAGUGGGUGAUGAGUCUUACGGACAGUAAAGAAGCGAGAACUUGCUGUGCAACCCGAGUAGUUCUUGCGAUUGUUAUUGUUGCUUUAAAAAUAUUUGUAUUACGCCACAAAUAACGCGGAUCGCGUCGAAAGUGGGGGAAAAGUGCUUCUGAAGUCGGAAUAUGGAGCUACAAGGCCUUCAAGAAGCAUUGAAAGUAGAAGUCCAAUGUCAUCAGAAGCUCGCUGUCAGAAGUUGUCCUGUGGGGACGGCCGCCAAACCCCUCGCCCUCAUCAAGCCGCCCAGCCAGAGCAUCGCCAUCUCUGUGGUGCAAGCAAAGACUCCUGUUUCCAUGGUGACGGCACACAUUAAUGGACAAAAGGCGUUGAGUUCUGAGACGCUCCAGACAUCCCCCAUCAACCUCCAAACACCCGCUGGACAGCACAUCAGCUGCUCACAGAUGUUGGGAGCGCUCACCGCAAUCCCAAUUAAGGUGCCUCAAAUCAGCUCUUUGCAGCGGCUGGCAGGACACUCACCCAGUGUGCUACCUCAGGUUAGGCCAAAGACUCUCAUUCCAGACAGCCUUCCCCACAGCCCAUGUCGAGAGCAGCAGUCCGGUCAAACGCUGGCCGUACCACAGAGCAUGGCUGUGGUCAGCCCAAAGAGCCAAGGCGCAUCUUUGCCAACUGCCAACAGCACCUUCAGUCACGAGAGACUCUCCAAUGGGCAGGAAGGGUGUUCCUCUUUGCCCUUGUCUGCGCCGAGCACUUCCACAGCCUCUGCAAGUCAAGGGGUGGCUUACGCCAUCAUCUCAGCAACCUCGCCUGUAGCCCAUAGGGUGUCAGGAGUAACCGAGGCCAUUAAGGUGCAACCACUGAUUUUCAGCCCUGACAGCAAGGUUAUAAUCAUUCAGCCCCAGAUUCCCAGCAACUCCAAGAGUUCUCCGGCCUCACAAACUAACAGUCCUGUGAAGGAGCCAAGCCCUGACCCCUCAACCCCAUCUAAAAAGGAGGAGGAUCCAGAGAAAAUUGCCUUCAUGGUCGCACUAGGCUUGGUCACCACAGAACACUUGGAAGGUGAGUUACAUUUAGUGGCAGAGCUAGAGUUUUAUACAUGGGGUGGCCAAGAGCGUAAUGUGAAAGUUAGCAGAGGUUGGAAGGAGAGAAAAAGGCGAAGCACAGCUAACCCUGCGUACAGCGGACUGUUUGAACCAGAGCGCAAACGACUUGCCUCCAAUUACCUGAACAGUGCGAUGUUUCUGUCGGCGAGAGACUCUGAGGAGCUCUGCUGGAAGGAGGAGCGGCAGCAUGAUGCUCACUGUGCAGUGUGUAAACAGGAAGGAGAUCUUCAGCCGUGCCACACCUGUACCCGCGCCUAUCACCCUGACUGCCUGCAUCCACUUCUCAAAACUGCCACCCGGGGCAUGUGGAUGUGCCCCAAGUGCCAGAAGAAAGUUUUGAACAAAGAGAACUUGUCUUGGCCACAGAACUUCAUCCAGUCAUAUGUUACACAUAAAACAGUGAGAGAGGAGGAACGCAGGAAGCUAAUGAGGAGAAACACUGAGCUGAAACUAGAGUGUGAACAUCUGAGUGAAGAGGACAAGAGACUCUACGAUUCUCUCUCUAAAUGCAUUGAGCAGAAGGAGUGUCUUUUGGGUCAGAAACGGGAGACUCAGACGUCCCUUGAGCGUCUCAAGACUCUGAUCCGACUCAUUCAGCGUGACCAGAUGAUCCAAGUAACUAUGACGGCCACCACCACCACCGGAGCAUCGCUGCUCUCGCUGCCGUGGAUCAAAGCCACGGGCACCAGCACCACGGCACCCACAGCUGGCUCCUCCACAGUACAGCACAAAACCACACUUCAGCCGCAAGGCAACAACUGACCCCCAAACCACACAAACACAUAGAACAGCUCUCUCUACAAGACCACCAAACGUCUUUGUAAAGAGACACGGACGGUGAUCUAACCAACGUGCAUUUUCUUCUGGUAAUGUCUUACCAUAAAAUAAUGGAAAAUUUUGAAAAAUAAUUAAAAGAAAUUAUGAGCGUCACUCAAUUCAUAAGUAUUUUUUAAAGCCAACACACAGUGCUCACAAGAUUUUUUUAUUUUAUUUAGUUUUUUAAUGUAUUAUUUUUCUUGGCCUUAAUGUAUUUAUGACUAGAUUACGAUGCAGUUGCAAGUAUAUGAAAUACGUAUUCUACAUAGUUAGAAACAUUUCUUUUUAUGCUUUGCAUUUUUUACUGGGGUUUGGUGUGUUUGCGUAUCGGGGGGAAUAAUCGUUCGCAUUUAGUUAUUGAGAAGGUUAGCGUAGUUAUAGUUGAAGACAAGCGACAUAUGAAAUGAAGAGCACUGUACAUUGAUAUAUCGAAUAAACAUUUGUUUGAAUUUUUUUAAGAACAAUGUUUGCCAUAAUAAUUCAGGUUAAAGUGAGACAGGGAAAUGUUUUCAUUUUGUUCAUUUUGUGUGUACUUGUGAGCAUACAUACAUAAAAAAACAAAAAACAAAAAAACAACAUGAAAUAAUUUUUCAGUAUUAAUAGAGAUAAAAGAACAAAGUAUUUAAGAUAACAACAGAAUUGAGCCUUUUUAGUGAAGAAUUUAGUAUUUUCAUGCUGAUGCCUGUUAAUGAUUUCAAAUAAGUAUUGGAGAGAGGGAUUUUUAUACAUAUAUGAUUUUUUUUUUAUUUCGGCUGUCCCAACAACACAAACGAAAAGGCCAUUUGAGUUCUUUGAGUGCCUGAUCCCGGAAUCCAAAAACUUAUGUUUUGUCUCCCCAGUAUUUAAAAUAUGCCAAAAACCCUUGAGUGUUUUUGUACCAUUAACUGUAUAAUGUUUUCAUCUCAUCUUGCUUUCUUUAAGUGUUUUAUGUUUUCAUUUUCUUAUUCCAAGUCACUCCAAGAUUAUCACAAGUUGCAUUAUUAUUAUUAUUAUUAUUAUUUUUAAUUGUUUUUUAAAUGUUAGAAGUGAACACUGCCUGAUGAAUAAAAGUAAAAAAUUCAUAUCUAAAACACUCAGUGGAGAAAAAUAGGAAAUAAUUUGAAUGGUACUUAUUUGGAGGGAAUUUAAGCAUGUUCAUUUAAAUGGUUUGUCUUCCUGUGUGGUUCGAAAAACAAAAGAGUUACUACAAAAUGCAAAAGAAAUAACAAGUCGCACAUGGUUAACGACAGCACUGUCGAUCUCAACAAAGAAUAUUUCAUUAAAAAACAAACAUUGGUUUUAUUUAUGAUUUAGUGUUAAAUAAUAAAUACCAUUAUUAUAUAUGUGUACCUUUAAGGGCUAACAGACUUGUAUUUAACCACAUUUGGAGUAAAAUUUGUUUUUUUUUCUUUCUUCAGUGUAGAAUGAUAUCUACUGAAAUGAAAAAUUGUCUUUUGUGUAACAUUUUCUAUGAAGUCUGUAUAUGUAAUGUAAUAUUAUGGGAUAACCUUACACUGUGUCUACACCGGACGCGAGCGUCGCUAUGCAACGCGACAAAAUACAAUAGAACCUAGUAUGCUGUCUACACUGGAUGCGGCGCGGCGUGACAAAUUCCCGACAGUAAACUUCUGCUGCGUUCUAUUUAUGACGUACUGGCACAAAUUUCAAAUGAUUUUCAACAGUUCUCUAUCCAGAAUUAAACAAAUUUGUAGUUUCACAUUUUUUUCUCUUUCUAUUUUUUAUGUUGCUAUUACAGAUUAGAAAUUAAAACGAACCAAGAUUAAUAAAUGUGAAAAAUGUAUUAUUGUCAAAUUAUUUUAUAACAAAUAAAUAUGACCACAGUUAUAAUAUUACUUAUAAUAGUACUUAUUAAUGGUAAGUACAAUACAUUUAAUGAUAUCAACACUGUUAUGUUAUUUUGUGUAAGAUAUUUAAAAGGUGUAACCAUAAGUAUUUAUUGUAUAUAUUAAAAUAUAUAAAGCAUUUCCUAUACAGACAUCAUAAAAAGUGUUAUUUUUAUUUUUUGAUAAAAUUUAAAUCUCAUCUCACAGAAUCUUUUUCAGUUUCUGUAUUAUCAUAUUCAGAAUGUAACUUAAUGCAUAUCAUCUGUUGUUUCAUAAUAGUCGCUCCUACUAAGUUCAGACUCC